AUGGGAAGCAGCGACGGGACGCACUACCAAGCGCCGGAGGGCACGUACAAAUGUGUCGAUUGGGCAAAUCCGAUUCUAAAUCGUAGCGCUGCACAGCACGGGAGUGCGGGCAGUGCAUUUUCCACGCCGCGCGGUCCUGCUCUCAACGAAGCACCGCGCAUGAGCGCUGUCUCGUUUCGCGCCUUGAACGCGCCCCAGCCCAUGAGCGGGGGUCUGGAUCUCUGCUUGACAGCUCAGGGCCUGGAUGCAAACCCUAGAGAAUAUUGCAGCGCUGGCGAAGCUUUCACCCAGCGCAGCUACGCGGGUAUCUACAAGGGCUGCGGCUCGCUUUCACCACGCCCAACGCGCCCCAAGACUGGCGUGAAGUCCAACAAUCCGCUUAUUGUGCGGGUGAAUAUACACAAGGAUCUGCAAAAAAUACUUUCGCAGCGUACGGAGGACGUCACGGUGACAUUUGUGAGUGCGAGCAAGACUUUGCUGUGGUAUAUAAAUAUUGGCCAAGGCAUCCAAGAACCGGUUGGGCGCGUCACAUUUUCGCAAACUCCUGUGUGCCACGACGUGAACCAGUUUACGUGCUUGCAGGACCGCUUGGAUGUGCUGGUUGGAUUUGCGAAAGGCGACAUGAUCUGGAUGGAUCCUAUUGCGAUGAAGUACACACGAUUGAACAAGGAUGGAACUAUGCUCAGCGCGGCGCUUCGCCAAAUUCGCUGGGUGCCACAGAGCGAGAAUUUGUUUCUUUCUGCACACGCAGACGGAAGCAUCAUGGUCCUCGAUCGAGAUCGCGAUGACUCGUUGGGCAUGGACCAAAUUCCGAUGCAACAGUCCCAUUGGGAUUCACGCGCCACAAUGCUUGUAUCUCAAGAUGCGCCCAGCAAACUGGGCGGUGGCACGCUGAUGUCCAGACAAAAGGAAACCCCUCGCGAACGUUUGAAUCCGGUUAGCUAUUGGCGUGUCUCAACAAAAGCUAUUACCGAUAUUGCUUUCAGUCCCGACCAUGUACGCGUUGCAGUCACCUCAGAAGAUGGGCUAUGGCGUCUGAUCGACGCCGAUGCACAGAUAUUGCUGCAUUCGUUUGCAUCCUACUUUGGCGGUUUCACCUGCGUGUGCUGGUCGCCCGACGGUCGUCUUGCCUUGACGGGCGGGCAGGAUGAUUUGCUGACCUUGUGGCUUCCAAACGAGGGCUACAUUCUUGCUCGUGCGCAAGGUCAUAACUCUUUUGUGACGGGCAUUACGUUCGAUCCAUGGUACGCGCGACACAGCGAGGACCUGUACCGCUUUGUCUCUGUAGGCGAGGAUCGUAACCUGUGCUUUUGGGACUUUUCCAUUUCCAAUUUAUCGCACCCGCGCUUGCAUGGAAGGUCUUGGUCGCACUCUUCGCACCGGCGGAGCAUCGGAAGCUUUCGUCCUAUGAAUCCAGACGUGUACGUGCCUGCAUCGACGCGCGCCCAGGUGUCUAUGCUACAGUCAAUGAUGUGUGCUAAAGUUCCUGGCGGUAUGCUUUCCGCACUUCGCAUUUCGCCUAACAUGCUUCUGCUCCUACACUGCGACGGCCAGUUGGAUCUGAUCGCAAGGCCUACAUCUCCGCGCUAUGUGCAGCUAGACGGCGAAGUGGAUUUGGGGCGCACAGAGAACAAUCUGAAGGGCCCACCCAAGCAUCUAUCGCACGCCUUUGCGCUCAGUAUUCCGGGAAUGCGGAAGGGCACGAGCAAUAACCUUGCCUAUACUGUUGUGUAA